AUGUCCAUGGCUUUGCGCAUUUGCUUCAUGGUCUUGGCGCUAGCAGAUGUCCUUCCUUCACAUGCAAAGCUGCAGAUAGAACAGAAGGAGGCGUCUUCUACCGAUGCCAGCUUUCCGUGGCAUGGUGGUUUUUACAUGCGCUCCACGGCACCCACCACAGGUCGAUACUACGCACGGAGUUCAUGGACACCAAGGAAGCGGUGGCGAUCAUGGCAGAGAAGAUGGCGUUGGAAACGGUGGACGCAAGCGGUGACCACGACUGGCCAGGCUACGACGUCGACAGUGUCGACAGCCAUGUCCACCACUGACCAGCCCACGACUUCCACUGUCACGUCGUCGUUGGCAGCCAUGUCGACGUCUACAGUCACGUCGCCAGCCACGUCCUCCACUGGCCUUGCUACGACGUCGACGAUUGGCCAGGCUACAACGUCGACAGCCAUGUCGACUGUCACUUCGUCGUUAGCCGCCAUGUCCACGUCUACAGUCACGACGCCAGCCACGUCCUCCACCGGCCCUGCUACGACGUCGACGAUUGGCCAGGCUACGACGUCGACAGCCAUGUCCAUCACAUCGUCGUUGGCGGCCGUGUCCACGUCUGCAGUCACGUCGCCAACUACGUCCUCCACUGGCCUUGCUACGACGUCGACAGCCCUUGGCGCCAACGACGACGUCAACAAGAUCAAGGACUCGCAGGACGAAGCUGUGCAAGCCGUGCUGCAAGACUUGCCUGACAAUGCCACUGUGACCCAGCCUGGCUUGCUGGCAAUCACUACGAGCAACACUUCCUCUGGGGAGACUGUGGAUGUGGCCCUAAUCAGCACGGUAAACAUCACGAACAUCCAGGGUCCUGUGAACAUACCUGUGAGCGCAGGCGCCGGCGAAACGUCAGUUGUGUCCGUUCCAGCAGCGAGCCUGGCUGUCAUCGCAGCAAUCGCCAGUGCAAACGGGAGCAGCGCAAACGCCACAAACAACGCGACGGGACGAAUCAUUUUGUCGGUCAGUCGACUCAAAAACACGUCGACAGAGUCCAUUGGCGGCAAUGUGGUCGAUCAGAACUCUGCAGUGGCGAUUGCUUUCCGUGAUGAAGCUGGCAACAUCCUCGAAACCAUCGAGCUGCCCGAGCCUAUCAGCUUCCUGCUACCGACGAACAACACAAGUUUCGAAUGCCUGUUCUACGACGAGAUUCUCUCAGAAUGGUCUAAGAAGGGCGUGGAAACAAGUCCAGACCCACCGGCUGGGGCACUUCUGUGCCUCACGACUCAUCUCUCAAUCUACGCUGCCGGGGCGCCUCCCACAAGCACCACAACGAGCACCACGACAGUGCGGCCACUCAACUCCAGGGUAUCGCAGAUUGCUUUAGUGGCGUCACCAGCAACGGGAGUGGCCGGCACGAACACUUUGGCAGUGAACGUGACUGGUUUUGAGGUUGGAGACACCAUAGUCGUGCAAGAUGCUCAGAAUGCUGAGACACACAUCAUCGCUGCAAUACAGCUGCCUGGCGAGCUUGUUUUGGCCAGAAAUCUUACUUCAGACUUCAGAGAUGGGGACGGCGCAGUCGCCAGUGUACUGAGCAGAACCACGAAACGCGUCCUGAUUACA